GGCAUCGGUAAUAUCGCGCCAUGCCUUUUAUCGCCCACCAAUAGGCGUCGGUGCUGUGUCUAUAUCAAUCGGUGUUGGCGAUGGUGCCAUCUCAUCUUGCUUUCUCGUAUGGUCACUGCUUGCCAAAAAUCAUGCCAGGAUGGUGCAAAGAACUUGGGAUUUGCCUCGGUGCCGGUCCUGUGUCCCCAGUUGCGAGUCGGUAUGAGCCUCUGAAGUUUUUUGUUCGGUUAUGCCCUGAAGAUAGAUCGCUCUUGAAGCUGAGGAUGAGUAGAAUGACUUGCCUUUCGGUUGGCGCCGCACUACUCUAGCCAUAUCGCACAUCAUAUGGCGACCAACAACAACAGAGCUUUGGUUGAUUUCCGUAAAUUACAGCUACGUGGAUUUUUCAUUCGAUUUGCAAGAGAGUAAGUCUAAGUGCAGGUUGUUCUUCCUAGGCCAAGUUUGGCUAAUAUCGCUUUAAGUACAGAAUUACCUGGUUUGAUCCGCCUCGUUUUUGUUCGCACGGCACAACUCCGCCCUCACAGUGAUGUCGGUGCCAGAACCGCUGGUGGUUGCUCGACUUACGGACAACGAGGUCCACCAUGAGUUUCUCCCGAUUUCUUCGUUCCUUCCAGUGCAACCACAUGUAGCACGCACCGAGACUGAAAAUCCAGCCCGUGACGAGGACUACAACUUGCCCACACGACGAGACCAAUCACCCACCUCCCCCGCGGUGGCGUAUUUGCUGAAAAGGCAGUUCCCGCAGUACGAGUUCGCCCGUGCAGAGGUGCUGAAAUAUACGACGCAGACGCCGGAACAGUGGCGGGCCAGGAUACUCGAGACAUGCGGAACAAGGCGUUGUUGCCAGCACCCUAUUCAAGCCCUUCGCGUCCUGCGUCUUGGUGCCGACGAACCGCGCAAUACGUGGAAAACAGGCACGUUUUGGGGCCGCACGCUCCACCUCGACUACCAAGAAGCCAUGGCGGAGUGGACGCAGCGCCGCUGGACGCGGGAAAGUGACUAUCUGAUACAAGUGCGAAACCUUGAGAGGGAGGCUGAACAACAAGCGGCCGCAUUGCUGGAAAUAACGGAAGAAGUGGAGAACCCCGAGAUCAGUGAUGAUCCAACUGUUGUUCCAGAAGGCCAGCAAGAGGACACAUUAAAGGAAGGAGAAUCCUCGCUUCAACAGGAUACAGCUACGGAGGUGGAAAACAACUCUCGCGUUCUCUUUCAAUAUGACAAUCUCUGCCAGGUAACAGGCACCGGGAGGCAAGCUUUUACUGCUGCGGCUACAGACGAAGAAAGAGUUCACGUUUCGCGUGAUGAUAUGGAGCUGAAUGAGAGAACCGCGGGCGAUGUUGCUGCGGCUCCCGACCUGAAAGUACCAACCGGAAAAGUAUGGACCACACACGACACGACAAAGCGGCAAGACCCGCAGGCAACGGUAUGAAAUUGAAAGCCAAAGGAGCUCAAUCAGGAAUCAUCAUCCUGAAAUUGAACCACUAUCUCGUGCACUAAGACAGAAUGCGUCAUCCUGAUCGAACAACGGGAGUUUCUUCGUUAUUACGACACAUGCAUGGGGGGAGGAAGGAGAUCUUUGGACAAAGACAAAUUUUCAGCUCGAUUUAUAGAUUUCUUGUGUGUGCUGUUUAUUAAAGGUCAUUAUCAACAGGUGCCUGUGCUGUCGUGUGCGUGCAGUGCAAUCUUGCUUUUCUACGGCAUAAAACGAAGAUUUCCACUACGAUCCGGAGACACAAACCACGGGAAAAAUGGACGUCGAAAAGAGUUUCUCCGCAUCGCAUCGCGAGCUGCCUGUAGUGUCUGCACCGCCCUUACCCAUAGUCUACGACCCAAUUACGCAAACGACGGGAAGGUUGCCCACCUAUCGACCGUUCGUCGAAAAGAAGCAACUGGACUUGUUUCAUCGGCCGAGAAACCUCAAAUUCAACGAAAACAGCCUUUUCGUCUGCUAUUGGAGGAAAGCGUUGAGUCAAAAUACGUAAAGAUGACAAAAAGAUGUGCAGCACCAGCAGUGAAGCAUUCAUUUCGGCGCAGGUAACCAUUAGUUGCUGCCGUAGUACCUAGACUACGGUGAGUGCGGAAAUCUACUUACUCAAUGGUUGUAACUUCUCCUUGCACGAGCACGAGGGAAAGAUGUUUACGAAGGAUGCACGAGACGAUCAUUCACAUUUUCAUGUGGAGAAAAAGGCUGAUUACAUCUAUCUUGCUUCGACUCAACUGUUCACUCCAAUACGCACAACGGCUGUGACCUGCCACUCUACCACUGGCUUGACUUUGACUUGUACCAGAGCGAGAAACAAGGGUAUUGCGUUUUCGACCCGUUAAGCCUCUAUUCGAAGGGAAAGUUUUUCUACCAUGUUGGGCUGAAAAUACAAGAGGCACAGGAUCAUGGACGUUGUGCAGCUACAACGUCCCCCCCCAAACUCAAUUACGUCGUCCGCCUGCAUUGCAAGCGCUGCGAAUCGUAUUUGGGCUGGGUGCAGGAGAAGAGUGACGCCGAAAAAAAGUUGGAGCUGGACGACCUGAAGGAAAUUCGGCACCGCACCUGGCACGUGCUCAACGCCCUCGCCAUCAGGCACGUGCGAGCUGCUGGCUCCUGUGGGGGAAUCAAUACUAAAGAUUACAUCAACGCGGCUGAUCAACAUAUGAAUUCUUGUGGGCAACAAGAGCGGUCUAAUAUUAGUGCUGGUUGCACCUAUAACAAGGCGCCUUCGUCAUCGUCGGAGAUGGCAAAAACAAGAACUACAGAAGCUGCACGUACUAGAAUAGGGAAAACAUCAUCAACACAGCCUCAGGAAGAAGAAGACCUGCAGGCCCUUUAUGAUGCACCGGGGUCGAUUUUUCGAGAGCUAUUGGUGACCACGGGAACAAUCUCAACGGAAAGUACAAGCGGAGGACGGGAGAUGAAGACGGUCGGACGAAAAAUUGGGAUGAAUUACGUUGUCGGAGCUGGAGACACUAUACUGCAACGUGCGAAGCUCGAGCUGGAUGCGGAUUGUAGGGUCCUGCGGUGGUGAAAACCUACAACAGAAGUCAGAUCGUUCUUACUCGCACCGCUCGCUGCGACUUUAAUAUUUCCUUGCCACGUGUUGUGGCUAUCUGCAUGCUCCUUCAAGAAAUCCAAGCACGAAACUUGUACCCAAGCUGACCAAGUUG